UUGGGUUUUUUUUCUUGCUGCUUGGGAAUCAGUAAGUCGUAUGGAAAGUUCUUGAACCUCAACGAGCAUAUUGUUGAUGUGUUUAAAGUUGUCUGUGGCACGGGAACGAUUCUUUGCAGGACGUGCAUUUUGUGUGUGAAAGGAGAUUGUUCCACCCCAUCGGAAGGUGUGAAGGGAGGGACUCUGAAUAUGUCGGGCAUAGCUCUUAGCAGACUUGCACAGGAGAGAAAAGCCUGGAGAAAAGAUCAUCCAUUUGGAUUUGUAGCAGUACCUACAAAAAAUCCAGAUGGCACAAUGAACCUAAUGAACUGGGAGUGUGCUAUUCCAGGAAAGAAAGGGACACCCUGGGAAGGAGGCUUAUUUAAACUACGGAUGCUUUUCAAGGAUGACUACCCUUCUUCACCCCCAAAAUGUAAAUUUGAACCACCGUUAUUCCACCCAAAUGUGUAUCCUUCAGGCACCGUGUGUCUCUCCAUCUUAGAGGAGGAUAAGGACUGGCGGCCAGCAAUCACAAUUAAACAGAUCUUGUUAGGAAUACAAGAACUUCUAAAUGAACCAAAUAUUCAAGACCCAGCUCAAGCAGAGGCUUACACAAUUUACUGCCAAAACAGAGUGGAAUAUGAAAAGAGGGUUCGAGCACAAGCCAAGAAGUUUGCACCAUCAUAAGCAUUUGUCAUGCAGCAUCUUAAAAAGGAAGGGAUUGGUUUGGCAAGAACUUGUUUACAAAACUUUUGCAAAAUCUAAUGUUGCUAUGUACAAUUAAUAUCCACAUGAGGGGAGGGGGUUGUAUGUGUGCCAUUUUCCAUAUUCGCCAGUUGUAUACAGUUCUAAAUUUGCUGAAUUGCCCCCAGUUUUUUCAUACAGGGUCUCUUCCUUCAGUCUUUUGUAUUUUUGAUUGUUAUGUAAAACUUGCUUUUAUUUUAAUAUUGAUGUCAGUAUUUCAACUGCUGUAAAAUUAUAAACUUUUAUACUUCUAUAAAUUCACUAGUAUCUCUAGUUACUUUGCUAUCUGAUGCAGGCAUGCUUUAAAAUGUUAGAACUAUAUUUAGCCUCUAGCUGGCUGUAUAAAACAAAAAUCAUGCCCUCCACCCCCUUCCCUCCCUGAAUUUGUUUUUUCUAUCUUUCAGAAACUAGGUUGUUAUUGCUUAAGAGCCUCUGAGAUCCAAAGUUAGCCAGCAUCCUUACUCUGCAUCACUUUCUUUGUGUUUAUAUGGCAUUCUGUCUGUGUUGCUGUUUAGAGUAAAUAAACUGUUUAUAUAAAGGGCUUUGUUUCAUUUAUCUUCAUUAAAAUUAUUAAAAGACUGCCAUUUAAAUGGCUCUGAACACAA